AUGAUAUUCGCCACUAUACUGCUACUGUUUGUGACGACAGGUUGCUACCGUCUUUCACCAAAAGAAAAUGAACUCCUGCGAAAAAGCUGCGGUGUGGGCAACCUGGAUACAAAGUAUAUAACGAACUGCAGUGCGUUCCUAAUUUCCCCACGUCACGUCCUUACGGCCGCACAUUGUGCGACGAACGUAGACCAGGACGCUGAUCUCUUAUCAGUGCCGUGGAAUAUUGAAGGAAUACGUGCCAUCAGAGGUCAAGCCAAAGAAGUUUUUGUUGACAAAAAAUGGAAGUGGUGCGUGAAGGGAAUGAACGAUGAAUUACCGAUCAACCAACACGACCUUGCUAUCCUCGAGCUCAGUAAAGAAGUUAGCAACAAGGAUGCCAUUCCAAUUUGCUUACCACACAGUAAAAUUGCAUUAGCAAAAGACUUCAAGCUGCGGGAAGUGGAUGGGCAAGGCGGAGGGACGGAAGGUCCCGGAUACAAAAUUGCUACAAUCCCACUUGUCAAGGAAGACAAUCGUGAAAUACUUUUGGCACCAAGGCAGGACCACUGCUAUAUGCCCGGUGAGUCACAUUAA